UGGAGGUAUUUACCUCUCCGAGGGCCCGAUAGACGGGCGAGGGCUGAGGUGGAGGUUGCUCGGUUUGGUUAAUCUUUUACCGCCCCUCGGUCUCCGCCAUGGAUUCCUGGGUCCGUUUCAGCGCCCAAAGCCAAGCCAAGGAGCGGGUCUUCAGAGCUGCCCAAUAUGCCUGCACCCUAUUAAGCUAUGCCUUGCAGAAGAAUGGAGCUGGCCCUGACUUCCUUGCAAGGAUCAAGCAGCUGGAGGCUCAUCUGAGCUUGGGACGCAAGCUAUUCCGACUGGGGAAUUCUGCAGAUGCUCUGGAGGCGGCCAAAAGAGCCAUCCACCUGUCAGACAUCGUCCUCCGUUUCUGCAUCACAGUGAGCCAUUUAAACCGAGCCAUGUACUUUGCCUGCGACAACAUCUUGUGGGCCGGGAAAUCAGGCCUUGUUCCACACAUGGACCAGGAGAAGUGGAGCCAGCGUUCAUUCAGAUACUACCUCUUCGCGCUGAUUAUGAACUUGAGCCGAGACGCCUACGAAAUCCGGCUCCUGAUGGAGCGCGAGACCAACGCAAAGUCCCAGAAAGGAAGCUGCCGGAACGGCAGAUCUGGCCCGGGAGACGACCGUGGCUUCCAGCAGCUGGCCCUGAAGGUGAAGCUGCAGCUCGCUCUCCUGGCCCAAGUGCUCCGGAACAACCCUCCCCUCCUUCUGGACGUGAUGAAAAACGCCUGUGACAUUUUCAUUCCCUUGGACAAGCUGGGCCUGUACAGGAGCAGCUCUGGUUUCGUGGGGCUCUGUGGCCUGACCUCCUCCGUCCUUUCCAUCCUCACCAUCCUCCACCCGUGGCUGAAGCUGAAACCUUGAUCGGUGCCAAGAGGCUAAGCCGAGCUCCUUCCUCUCCUGAAUUUCCCCCUGGCGGAAACUCGCUUGGGGGGUGCUAAUAACAUGGCAGGCUCUGCCAGCCAGGAAGCAGAAGUUCCUCCGAGCUUUGGAGAAAGGAUGAGAGACCCUCCUUUCUACACUCUUUAAAUGGAACCCAGCAGGUUGACAAACAACUGUGGGAAUGGCCCUUGUGGGGAGCCUUUAGUAUUUGGGGUUAUCAGGCCAGGGGGAACUGGAGCAUCCGCCUUUUCAUGUCUUAUUUAUUUAGGAAGAAGCAAAUAAAAUGAAAAAUACACUA